UUUUAUUUAAAUAUUCCAUAACUCAUUAUGUUUUCUAUUAUGGUACUGAAUGUUAGUUACCCCAUUAGUAAGAUUUUAUUACUUAAGUAAGUUAAUUGUAAAUUUAGAAGUUCAAAAAUUUGUUAAAAAUUAUGUGCGUUAUUGUGUUCUUACGGAGGUUACAAGAAAUGGAAAACAUCUGCUUGACGUCCGGUAUUUUAAAAAAUAAAGCGCAAAUUUUGUAAGUAGUUUUGUUCGAAUUAGGCUCGAAACUGAGACCUUUAUAGUAAAAAAAGCUAAAAUAGACGGUGUUUUGUUGUUGGGUAUGGAGCUGAGGUGACAGUACGGCCGCGAGGAGAAGGAGUCGAGAGGAGGAGACGAGUUCGGUCAGGUCGGCUUGGGGACACGGACAGAAUCAAGCUCGCUGGAGAUUUUUCCUCGGGAAAAAAAAAGAAGGAAAAGAAGAAAAUUCGUCAUCCGCAGCUAAGUGUUCUUAUGACUAAUUUAUUACCACGUAACUUUUGAAUAAUUAAUUAUGGAAAGCAUAAACAACUCUUUGCAUCCUCCUGCCUGUAAUGUGAAAGCAUCGACACCGACAAAACAGUCUCCUUCGUUAAAACACAUGUCGAUGAUAAGUUCUAUUGGAAAUUUAUCAAGUAUCUGUUCAACUUCACAGUUGCCUUCCUCUAAAAUUGAACAGGCUAAAAGAGCUAAAGAGGAUGCUAGGAAUAAAAAACUGUUGCACAAAUCAUGUUUUCAACUUAUGACGUGCAUUAACGCAAAAGAAAAAAACGAUAGCCCGAUUGAUAUGGAAAUAAAAGAUCUGCAAGUAAAAAUAGAAAACAAACAAAAAACAUUAAAAAAGGUUACUGCCAUGAUUAAAAUGAUUCCCAUUCUCAAAGAAUAUGAGGAGAUUGAGAAGUUUCUAAUCAAAACGUUGAAUGAAUUGUCUCAUGCAUCCAUCCUGAACAAGACGGCAAUUCAAAAUCUUGCAGUUGUGAAAGACCAGCUGACAGCAACUAGAAGUAGAGUAAUUCUAAACGAUUUCAGUCCAAUUUCCUCUGAAGAUAUUGUGGCUUUGAGAAAGUCUUGCCAAAAUAUUCUUAAUGAACUCAAAAAGCAUGAGAACGAUUGUAAUUCAGUGAAGAACAUGGAAAUGUACAAAGUUAUGUCAUCUUAUUUACAAGAUGUCAAAAUCACAUUUGCUCGACUACAAAAUUUGUUACAAAUGAAUGAAAACAUCACCGAACAAAUAGUAAAGUGGGAUAUACAUGAGAAAUCGACGGACAUCUUGUACAAAAAUUUAUGUGAAAGUCAGUAAACAUCGGUGGAAACUUACUGUUCUUUAAUAAAACAUGAAUUAGUUUUUUAUAUAAAAUGUUGCUUAUUAUUUAUUGUAUUACUUUUGUAUGUACAUUAUCAUCUUUUUUACUUAUACAAUAUUGUUAUUUUUAAAAAAAUAUUUAUGUGCUUUUAUGAUUACAAUUUACAAUAAAACUAAUUGUUUCUUUUUUCACAUUUCAUCUUUUUUUUUUUUUUGCACAUUUAAUUUAUAGAAUAGCACCUUUGUAGUUACCGAGUCAGAUUCUUGUAUGUCAAUUGGAACUUCUCAUGAAUUCCUUAAUAUUUAUUUUAAAGUAUUUUAAAAUAGUGUGGCACCUCAUCAUGAUGAGUACAGAGAUACAAUGCCCAUCAAUACUAUUUAUAUUUAAACAAUAUGUAUUUCAUUUUAAUACAUAUUGUUUACACUUUCAAAAAAAUACUUUUUGAAAUAUAGGAGAUUAAGAAUAUAAAUUAAAAACUUUUAGAAUUAUAUUGCAUAUACAAUAUCACAAAUAGUAAGUUGUGAUUUUAUUUCAACAAA